CUCUUUUUCAAAAAAACAAACACCCCCUAAGCUAGUCUUUUUGGUUAUAAAUAUAUGUGUCUUGGCGACAGAAAGUUCCACACACAAAAAGAGUAGUCUUGUUUUUUCCAUUUAGCUAGCCAGCUAGUUUCAAGAUUGUCAUAACGAUUACUCAUUCUUUCUAGUGUUUUUUGGUUGUUGAAUUAAGUUAAGAGUUAGAAAAAUGGGAAGAGAAAUUGUGAAAGCAUCAGAAUCAGUUGAGGAGACAAACUUCAACUGGUCAUCAUCAUCAUCACCAUCAUCAUCAUCAUCAUCAUCAUCAUCAUCAACAACAACAUCUUCAUAUGAAGAACAUGAGAAUAAUAGGAUGCCAUUGUUGGCAUUGAACCAUGUUUCCUAUGUAUGCAAAUCUGUUGCUGCAUCUGCCCAAUUUUAUGAACAAGUCCUUGGUUUUGUCCUCAUCAAGAGACCUUCUUCCUUUGACUUUGAUGGUGCUUGGUUAUUCAACCACGGAAUUGGAAUACAUUUGUUAGGAAAAGAAGAUGCAGCAUCAAAGAAGGGGAAAAUAAAUCCAAAAGACAAUCACAUAUCAUUCCAAUGCACGGAUAUGGACCUUAUUAUUCAGAGAUUGGACGACAUGGAAAUUGAAUAUGUUACAGCUACUGUAAAAGAAGGUGGAGUUACUGUUGAUCAGCUCUUCUUUCAUGACCCAGAUGGCAACAUGAUUGAAAUUUGCAAUUGCCAAAAUUUACCUGUUCUUCCACUUUCCUCUUGCCCUCUCAAGAAGAUGUCUAGUCCAACUUUCGACCAAACAAUGUCAGAUCCAUUUUAUGGAAAUGGAACAACAAAUGCAAAGAUGAAUUGCUCUGGAGAAGUUGAAUCUCUUAUGAUGGAAAAUUUAGCUUUGGACAUGAUAGACAUUUCUUUUUGAAGUGAUCAAUGUAGCAGAAAAAAAGAAUGAUUUUUGCUCCUCAUUAGUAGCCCCCCUUUAUUUUUCAACCCAAAUAUAUUCCAUAAAAAUCCUUUUUUGUAUUAUUAUUAUUAUUAUUAUUAUGUCCAGAGAGGUGUGAUGAAGAGCAUAUAUAUAAAUAUAUUAUAUUAUUGUACUCUAGAAUUUGAGAUUAUGGCAUUAUGCUAAUGCAUGAUUGGUUGUCCAAGUCCAAAAAUAAAUGAUUGAAGGCAUGUUAUGUGUUCUUAUUAAGGAA